GUUGCCAUGGCGACCGCGGGGCAGGCGCUGGCCCUGGCGCUGGUGGCCGCGCUCUGGGGCGGCACCGGGCCGUUCCUGAGGGCGGCAGCCGCGGGCAUGGAGGAGCAGCGGGGCCGGGGCCGCCUGCGGCAGCUGCUGGCGGAGCUGCGGUUCCUCAGCCUCAACUGGCAGUACCUGGUGCCCUUCCUGCUCAACCAGGCUGGAUCUCUGCUCUUCUACCUCACCUUGGCCUCCACAGACCUGUCGCUGGCAGUGCCACUCUGCAACUCCCUGGCUUUGGUUGUGACCUUGGUGACUGGGAAAAUCCUGGGAGAGGACAUUGGGGGGAAAAGGGCUGUGGCAGGAAUGCUGCUCACCAUGCUGGGGCUGUCGCUGUGCCUGGCUGGGGCCUGAGGCAGCAGAGGCUCACCCAGGGCUCCUCCCGGGCCUGGGAAGGUGUUUUGGGAUGGAUCCCAAACAAAUCCCAUGGACUGCACUCCCCACUGCAGGGACAGCAGCCACUCUGUGCCUUCAGGGGAUUUGGGUGCCUCAAACUGGCUUGGACAGCACUGAAAGGGGGUAAGAAAGGGUUAAUAAAUUAUCCAGUGUGA